ACAAAACGCGAUUUUGUAACAUGCCUUGCUCCGCGUGCUGUGAAACGUGAGUCUGAUGAUUGCGAGCUGCAGUGAAUGAUCCAGACCGCGCAGCACAACCGUCUGGGGGGUUAUAAAUACGGCUUUAUCUGUUCAUUGCCCGCUGGUUUUAUUACAAGUCGCUUAAAAUGUCUGCCGCACGUACCAUUAUCUGCCUUCUCAGAAAUGACCUGCGACUCCACGACAAUGAGGUCUUUCACUGGGCUCAGAGAAAUGCAGAACACAUUGUUCCCCUCUACUGCUUCGAUCCGCGACAUUACCUGGGAACGUACUGCUACAACUUCCCCAAGACGGGCCCCUUCCGUCUCAGCUUCCUCUUAGACAGUGUGAAGGACCUCAGGGCCACAUUACAGAAAAAGGGCAGCAAUCUAUUGGUGAGGCAGGGGAAGCCGGAAGAAGUGGUGGGUGACCUCAUCAGGCAGCUGGGUUCUGUCAGUGCCGUGGCCUUUCAGGAAGAGGUGACACAGGAAGAACUUGACGUUGAGAAGGGGGUGAAGGAUGUUUGCUCCCAAUUAAAAGUCAAAGUUCAGACUUUCUGGGGAUCCACACUGUACCAUGGAGAGGACCUUCCAUUCAACCACAUCUCCAGGCUGCCCGAUGUGUACACAGAGUUCAGGAAGGCAGUAGAGACCCGGUGCAGAGUGAGGCCUGUCCUCCCGACACCUGACCUGCUGAAACCACUCCCCCCUGGUCUAGAGGAAGGUCCUGUCCCCACGCACCAGGACCUGGGACAGCUAGAUGCACCAGCUGACUCCCGCUCAGCCUUCCCCUGCAGUGGUGGGGAGAGCCAGGCCCUCGCCCGACUCCAGCACUAUUUCUGGGACACGGAUGCAGUGGCGUCAUACAAGGAGACUCGGAAUGGCUUGAUUGGAGUAAAUUAUUCAACCAAAUUUGCCCCAUGGCUAGCAAUGGGCUGCAUUUCUCCUCGAUACAUUUAUGAGCAGAUAAAGAAAUAUGAGAGGGAGAGAACCGCCAACCAGAGCACUUACUGGGUCGUUUUCGAACUGUUGUGGAGGGACUAUUUCAAAUUUGUGGCUAUGAAGUAUGGAAACAAAAUAUUUGCUUUGGAAGGUCUUCAAGGGAAGUCUGUGCCUUGGAAGAAAGACAUGACACUUUUUAAUGCAUGGAAAGAGGGCCAAACUGGGGUGCCCUUUGUGGAUGCCAAUAUGAGAGAGCUUGCCCAGACUGGAUUCAUGUCCAACAGGGGGCGACAGAAUGUUGCCAGCUUCCUCACCAAGGACCUGGGCCUGGACUGGAGGAUGGGAGCAGAGUGGUUUCAGUAUCUGCUGGUGGACCAUGAUGUGUGCAGUAACUAUGGCAACUGGCUCUACAGCGCUGGCAUAGGAAAUGACCCCAGAGAGAACAGGAAGUUCAAUAUGAUCAAACAAGGGCUGGACUAUGACAACAAUGGGGAUUAUGUGCGGCAGUGGGUCCCAGAACUGCGGGGGAUAAAGGGAGGAGAUGUGCACACCCCCUGGACGCUGAGCACUGCUGCCCUGUCACACGCCCAAGUUUCCCUUGGCGAGACCUACCCCUCUCCCAUCGUCAUGGCACCCGAGUGGAGCCGGCAUGUCAACAAGAAACCGAGUGGUGCAGCACCAAGUCAGGGCCGAAAGAGGGGCCCAUCCCACACCCCCAAGCAGCACAGAGACAAGGGGAUAGACUUCUACUUCUCCAGGAGUAAAAAUCUGUAAUGAGAAAACCUACCAAUAGCUAAGCAAAGAUGUAACCAAAGGGAAUAAUGAAGCUAUGGGUUGAUACAUAUUUGAUAAUAUGCUUGAUUUUGUUAGUUGCCAAGGCCACGACAUGACGAAGAUGACAGUGUGGAGCAAAGCUGUCUUUUUGCACUGUUGCAUUGGUGUGCUGAAGCUUGGUGUUCAAUAUCAGGCAUUCCUUUAGCUACUUGAAUAAAGGACAGUUGGAUUGGAAAUCACAGUGGUGAUUCUGAAGAUGGAGAGCUGAGAACUUAAUACUGGUAUGUGAAAGUGUACAGCAAGUUUGAACUUUGUAACUGUAACUGAGCUUUGUAAAGGGUGUCCUUUACUGGUUAUGCAGUUAGGUUAUGCUAACACAGGUUAGGAAAGGUGGAAAGUAUUGAGCGUCUUGUUUCCAGUAAAUUUAUCUUUGUGGAAUUGACUUACAACCAUGCCUGUACUCACAUACCACCUUGCUCACAGAACAUGACACAGAGUGGAGAGAGUAUCGUCCUUUUGCUUGUCAUUUAACUUUUUACACAGCUUUAGAUGAACUACAGAUGGGGUUUCAACAAGAAAUUCUGAAACAACAUUACAGUUGAAUGCUUAAUGCUAAAUGAAAGCUUGCAGUGGAAAUCGAGUGAUGUUUUGAGUUCUCUCUAUUGUUUACAAGCUGUAUUUGUCUCAUGGUGUUCACUCCAGCAAUCCCUUCACUGUAUGGUCAACUCCUUAUGAACUCUUGAAGCUGCUGAAUAACAAACUGAUCAUUUGAAUCAGCUGUGUUGGAGC